UGCUUUGAUAGUGAGAGCCCUCUGUCCGACAUGGCAGCGGCUCAAUCGCGGGCACCGGGCGAGGGGAUUUGACCGCCGUCCAAAGUCGAUCCUUUGCCCACCGCGGGCUUUCCGAAUGCGGCUGUCAGAUAUGGACUCUGAAGGCCUCGCCAGAGGGCACCUUCCCCAGACAACUGCAUCCUAUCAUGGCUGCAAGAGAGGGGGGAGGGUCACAUGUGCAUCUGCACCUCAAAGCGACGUGCAGGUGGCCUGUCCAUUCAUCAAUCAAAGAAUCGAGCAGGCCUGCAUGCUAUGAGGCACUCGUGCAUUCGCUCCAGCGCUGGCAGUGGUCAUCAGCGGCACCUGGGCUGCUGAAGGAGAUGAGUGCGUCGGUGGUGCAAAGUACGAACCCGCAAGUACCUGGCACCUGCAACAUGCCUCCGAACCUGACGUGCCUAGUUUGGGAAGGAACCUCGAGGGGUCAGCAAUAUGCCAGAUGGUUCUCCCAGCUCGAGGAUCGCAGACUUGUAAGUAUCUAUCGAUUGCCUUUCCUCAGGUCCGGUCUUUUGGAGGAACGUGCAGCUAGCUCUUCACUCAAACGACAGGACCUUGAGGAGCUGAUGAGCUACCGAGGAAAUACAUUCAGUACUUACUGUACUGUAUACGGUACAUACCCGAUCAGCUGCCGCUCGAGCUGCCGCUUGGAGCUUUGCCUACCAAUUUUUUUUUCUCCAAAAAGAGAGACAUUCGGCUUUUGUUCCGACGGCAACUGCUGCUUGCUGGCGCUUUCUCGCUUGGAGCGGAUCGGGCGCCUAGCUGUCUUAGGUGUGUGUUUGAGAGCGUCCGUUUGCUUGUCGCUCGUCGCUCGCCCAUGUGCAUUUUAUUUUAUUUUUCUCAUCUCUCUUUCCGUUGGCGAACGGGUCGAGUCCACACAUGCACACCUUACCUAAACAUCCAGCACACCACCACGACCCGAUCUGGCCGCGCACUACCACCUCGACAGUCACUUGAUCGGGCUGCAGCUGCAACCCUCACGGCUCAUCCU